UUUUAUAUUUAUAUUGUUACAAAAAGUAGUAUUAAGUUUUAUUUGUAUUGCUAUAUGCAUCCCUGAUUAUGAACAAUAGCUGUAGGUAUAUGGAAUAGCAUUUGUCUUGUUGUAGACAUCUGGCGCCGCACUGUCUGCUUGUCUAGUUAAACAAUUGCUGAGUCUGGCGCCGCGACUGUCUGCUUGCGUCUGGCGCCGUAUAGCCGUAUGUUCUGGUAAUUUCCAGACGCGAUAUUCUAGAAGGACACGUCGGCAUCAGCGAGAAGUGCGUGGCUAUAGCCGUAUGUUCUGGUAAUUUCCAGACGCGAUAUUCUAGAAGGACACGUCGGCAUCAGCGAGAAGUGCGUGGCUAUAUAAGCCGUGGCAGCGCCAACGUAAUCAAUCAGUGCUAAGAGUAAACUGCUAUAGUGUAGACGAGUUGUGAAAUAAAGAGUUGUUGAAUUAAAUUAAACAGUGUUGAUUUUAUUUGUCAAUCCAGAGAUACGAACCUAACAAAGUAAACUAGCAAGAGUAAAUUCGUAACAAUUGGUGUCAGAAGUGGGAUUGUCAAAUAAUCCAAAUUCAAGAGGGUUAAAUUCGGAGAAUUGAGAAUUCAGCAAUUAAAAAAAGAACUGGAGGAGCGUAAUUUGCCGAUAAGCGGGCAAAAGGCGGAUCUGCAGGCACGAUUACGUGAAGCAAUGGAAGCGGAUGGAAUUAAUGUGGACGAGUUCGAAUUUAAUGGGCCAGAAACUUCUACAAAGGUAGAAGAAAAAGUAGAAGAACAACGAACAUCAUCAAGUGCAGACAUGAACAUGCUGUUAGUGGCUUUUAAGCAAAUAAUAGCUGAAAAUAUAUCACAAAUAACAGAAAAUGCAGUGCAAACAGAAAAUCGUCUGGCACAGCAAAUAGCCGAGAAUGUAGUGCAAACAGAAAAUCGUCUGGCACAGCAAAUAACGCAAAUAGCUGAAAAUACAUCACAGUUAGAGUCUCGCCUUACACAACAAAUGACUGAAAAUAAUACGCAGUUAGAAAAGCGUUUGGCACAACAGAUUACAGAAAAUAAUACACAAGUGCAAGAGAAAUUUUCAAAAUUUGAAGACGAAUUAAGCACUUUAAAAAAUGACGAAGAAAAUUUAAAAUCAGAAGUUCUUCAGUUAAGUAAUCGUGUGCGAGAACUGCAACUACAUGGCCCUGCACCAUCAAUAAAUAAUCAAAGAUUGAAGGCACCCACAUUCGAUGGAAGUAUUCCAUUUCAAAUUUUCAAACUUCAGUUUGAAAAGACAGCAAUGGCCAAUAACUGGAAUGCAGCGGACAAAGUGGCGUCCUUGUUUGUAUCAUUGAAAGGGCCUGCGGCAGAAAUCCUUCAGACUAUUCCAGACUGUGAACGGGACAACUAUGAGGCAUUGAUGAGUGCGAUAGAAAGACGAUAUGGUAGUGAGCACCGGAAACAAAUAUACCAGAUCGAACUGCAAAAUAGGGGUCAGAAAAUGAACGAGUCAUUGCAAGAGUUCGCAACUGAAAUAGAACGACUGGCUCAUUUGGCAAAUGCAGAUGCACCUGUGGAUUACAUUGAGAGGGUAAAAAUUCAAUGUUUCAUAAAUGGAAUUCGUGAUGUGGACACCAAACGCGCCACAUAUGCAUUGCCAAAAAGAACGUUUGCUGAAACGGUUUCGCACGCCCUCACACAGGAAACAGCUUCCCUACUAAGUAAACCAGCACACAAAGUACAAAGGGUUGAAAUGGAACAACCGGCGCUGAUGGAAGAAAUAUUGAAGACUCUGAAGACAAUUGCUGCACCGCGAGUAAAUACAACAGGAAGAUGUUUCAACUGUGGAAAAGCGGGUCACUUUGCCCGAAAUUGCAAUAUAAAAGUAAACCCAUCAAAACGGAAACAACCAACAGAUAACGAGGACGGAGCAUCCACAUCUCACAAGUCGUUAAACUAAAACGGAACAGUUCAAAGGGGCGUGAGCUGGUUCCCACAACUAUUUGCCCCGCCAUCUCGAUAUCACAAAUAGGUCGCCAUGACAACAAUCUUACUAUCAACGGCAUCGUAAAUGGACGACUGUCAACGCUUACUUUAGAUACUGGUGCCACACAUUCAAUUAUCCGAGCGGAUGUGGUAAGAGGAACGGUUGAACCAUUAGUCGGUUGCAAGCUUCGAACGGCCACCGGGGAGGAAGCAGCUGUCGCGGGAAAAGUGUUUUGCGAAGUGAUGAUUGGUACCCUGGAAGUUAAUCACACCUUCAUCGUAGCAGAAAUCACGGAUGAAAUUAUAAUGGGAGUAGAUUUCAUGAUUGAUCACGGGGUUACUUUGGAUUUAAACAAGCAAAUGCUGUUUUGCCAGAGCAUGGAGAUGCCUAUAAAUACCGGAUAUGUGACCAACGUUGAAAGUAAGAGGGUGAUUGUUGAUGAUAAUCAGAGUAUUCCACCAAAAUCUGAGGCGAUUGUAUGGGCUAAAGUGAAUGGAGGAGGUGGGACUGAAGAGUUGUGGAUUGUGGAACCAACAAAAAUAGAUACACCCAUAUUGGUAGGAAGAACGCUUGUGAAAACUAGAGAAGACGCCACCAUUCCGGUCAGAGUAGUGAAUGA